AGUGCAGUCACUUGUGCGGCUCACUGGGAUUAAGGAUGGCUCUCAAACAGCAGCCUCUCUACCUGCAUCUGGCAGAACUCACCGCCUCACAGUUCCUGGAUAUUUGGAAACAUUAUGACUCAGAUGGAAAUGGAUACAUUGAGGGAACGGAGCUGGAGAACUUCUUCCAAGAGUUGGAGGCUGCACGAAAAGGAGCUGGUGUGGAAGGAUCCAGCUUAAAUUUUGGAGACAAGCUAAAAGAAUUUAUGCAAAAAUACGACAAGAAUGCAGACGGUCGCAUUGAAAUGGCAGAGCUGGCUCAGAUUCUUCCCACAGAGGAAAAUUUCCUGCUCUGCUUCAGACAACACGCCGGCUCUAGCAUCGAAUUCAUGGAGGCCUGGCGGAAAUAUGACACAGACAGAAGCGGCUAUAUAGAAGCAAAUGAACUAAAGGGUUUUCUAUCAGAUCUACUAAAAAAAGCAAAUCGCCCGUUUGAUGAAAAGAAACUUCAAGAGUACACGCAGACAAUACUCCGAAUGUUUGAUAUGAAUGGAGAUGGAAAGCUCUGCUUGUCUGAAAUGUCAAGGCUGCUUCCUGUUCAGGAGAAUUUUUUGUUGAAAUUCCAGGGAAUGAAGCUGAGCUGUGAUGCAUUUAACGCUAUUUUCAGUUUUUAUGAUAAGGAUGGAAAUGGUUACAUUGAUGAAAAUGAGUUGGAUGCAUUACUGAAAGAUUUCUUUGAAAAAAACAAAAAGGAGGUUAACAUCCAGAGUCUCACCGGAUACCGUCAGAGCAUCAUGUCUUUGUGUGACGGGGGCCGUCUGUACCGGAAAGAGUUGGAGAUUGUACUCUGCAAUGACUCUUCCUCCGUUAAAUAACCUGUUGGGAUCACCCUAUCCUACGGAAUGAGCACUGCACUCAGCGCCUGUAUCCUGCCCCACCCCAUCACUGAGAGACAUGGGAGAGAGCACCAUAUGAGAGAAACUGGGAGAGAAUACUUAGAUAUAAGGGAAUACAGAGAGAGCAGAUAAAAAUAACAUGGAGAGACAGCAGAGAGAGUUUUGUGUGUGAUAAAGAAGAGACAAAGGAGUAUGAGAGACCACCUUGUGUGUGCUUGUGAGAGAGAUGAGUAUUACUGUGUGUGUGAGAGAUUGUGUAUACGAGAUGGGGGGUAGAACUGGGAGAGAUUAUUGACCUCUGUGUGAGACAGAAGAGAGUGGUGUGCUGUUUCUUUGGCGAGAGUCUGCGAGUAAUAAGUUACAGUACUGUAUGUGUGCUUGUGUAUGUUUGUACAUGCUUUUAUAUGUGUGUGUGUGCUUGUGUAUGUUUGUGCAUGCUUUUGUGUGUGCUUGUGUAUGUUUGUGCUUGUGUAUGUGAGUGCAUGUGUAGGUUUGUGCAUGCUUUUGUGUGUGUGUGCGCAUGUGUAUGUUUGUAAAUUCUUUUGUGUGUGUGCUUGUGUAUGUUUGUGCAUGAUUUUGUGUGUGUGCUUGUGUAUAUGUGUGUGUGCUUGUGUAUGUUUGUGCAUGAUUUUGUGUGUGUGCUUGUGUAUAUGCGUGUGUGCUUGUGUAUGUUUGUGCAUGCUUUGUAUGGGUGUGUGCUUGUGUAUGUGCGUGCUUGUGUAUGUUUGUGCACGCUUUUGUGUGUGUGCAUGUGUAUGUUUGUGCAUGCUUUUGUGUGUGUGCAUGUGUAUGUUUGUGCAUGCUUUUGUGUGUGUGCUUGUGUGUGUGUCUGUGUAUGUGCUGCAUAAGUUAAUGAGCUUUUAAAAGCUCUAGUUAUUGCUCCAAAUAUCAAAUAAAAACUGCAAAUAAUAUGGCUUUUUACUCAUCAGACCUCUCCCCAUACCGUCUCUGUUCUCUAUACUAUAUACAGCCCUCCCUCUGGUACCUGUAUCAUGUAGAUGUCUCAUGUCUUGUGAUUGUCUCAGUAAGUUCUCUCCUGUGAAGCUCUCUCUACGGUCUCCAGAACCCUCCAAUCAAACACAAGAAGCCCACAACAGGUUUAUUACAUGACUGUUCCCCUCUCCCUGUCUCUCCAUCCCCCAUUGCUGUCCCUGCGUCGCACCCACAGUCUUGCAGCCCUUCAGAUAGGAUGGGGCACUGUUUCUCUCAUUCACCCGCUUGGGGUUUUCACAGAGUGAAUACUAUUUUUUUUUUUUUUUUUCUGUUUUGAGUUUUAUCUUUUUUUCUUGUUUGUUUACCAAAGAAUGAAUAAAAUGACAGAUGAUGUGCACUGUU